CUCAUAAAUGGGAUAGUGUAGCGGAGCUGGUGAUGCGGCCCAGCUCAAAGCUCCGAGCACGCGCUUAACUAUGGUGCUGGCGAGAGCCAAUUGAAUUCCGCCUUUUUUUAAUCAAUCAAUCUCUAAUUGAAUUUCGUUUGUGAAAAACCAUCUUCUACUUCUCCAGCAUCUAGCUGAUAGUACUCUCUUGGAUUUGUUUUAUCCACUUUGAUCUGUUGAUUCUCUCUUGAUCUCCUCCCAAAGCAUUUCAAUUCCAUCACUUGGAGCAAAGCGUUGCUUUUAUUCAAUAUUCCACGCUCAGCGAUAGUUUUUCGAUAUAUUCAAUAUUCCCAUUUCUCAACUCUCCGAUACAAUAUCUACAGCAAUUUAUUUUUUUUAUUUUCAUUUCUCAUCAUUCCAAAGUAUUUCUUUCAAGAUUGUUAUUCCAUUUCCAACUUUCCUGCUUCAGAACAAUGUUAUCCUCCAUUAAUUGUCGUUCAAUAACUAAUUCUUUAAAAUUUAUUUCAACCAGAAAUGAUAAAGCAAAAUUUUUCAUUCAGUCCAAAAGAUUUUUCAACAAAUGCUCCAAUUCUGUAAUUCUUCAAAAAAGUCACCAUCACCCAUUUUUAGAUGUCGAAAACAUUAAUAAUUCAUUUGGUGACUUCAAACCUAUUACAACAACUUUAAAUGAAGAAUUCAAUCUAGACAAUCCAGAUGCUAUAAAUUUCACCGAGGACUCGCUCGAUGCCAAAAAUAAUUCAAAAAUCAGACACUUUACUGUGAAUUUUGGUCCACAACAUCCUGCUGCCCAUGGUGUUUUACGUUUGAUUUUAGAGUUGAAAGGUGAAGAAAUUGUGAGAAGUGAUCCUCAUGUUGGCUUACUACAUCGUGGUACCGAAAAGCUAAUUGAAUCAAAAACUUAUAUGCAGGCAUUGCCUUAUUUCGAUCGUCUAGAUUACGUCUCCAUGAUGACAAAUGAACUAGUUUUUUGUCUUGCAACUGAAAAGUUGCUAAAUAUCGAAGUUCCAAUUAGAGCAAAGUACAUCAGAACUCUAUUUGGUGAAAUCACCAGAGUAUUAAACCACUGUAUGUCUGUUUUAUCUCACGCAAUGGAUGUGGGAGCUUUGACUCCAUUUUUAUGGGGUUUUGAAGAAAGAGAAAAGUUAAUGGAGUUUUACGAAAGAGUUUCGGGUGCAAGACUACAUGCUGCUUAUUUUAGACCAGGUGGUGUCUCUCAAGAUUUGCCUGAAGGUUUAUUAGAUGACAUUUAUAUGUGGGCCACUCAAUUCGGUGAUAGAAUUGAUGAAACUGAAGAGCUAUUAACCGACAAUAGAAUCUGGAUAAACAGAUUGAAAAAUGUGGGCUUGCUCACUGCCGAAGAUGCUUUGAAUUAUUCAUGUACUGGUGUAAUGCUAAGAGGUUCAGGAAUUCCCUAUGACAUUAGAAAGGCUCAGCCUUAUGACGCCUAUGAAUUGGUCGAUUUCGAUAUACCUGUUGGUUACAAUGGAGACUGUUACGACAGAUAUCUAUGUAGAAUGGCAGAAUUUAGACAGUCUUUAAGAAUUAUUGAACAAUGUAUCAAUCAAAUGCCUGCUGGUCCUGUCAAAGUUGAAGACUUCAAAAUCAAUCCUCCACCCAGAUCUUUGAUGAAACAAGAUAUGGAAGCUUUGAUCCACCAUUUCCUUUUGUUCACAAAGGGUUAUGCUGUUCCUCAAGGUGAAACUUAUACUGCCAUAGAAGCUCCCAAGGGUGAAAUGGGUGUAUAUCUUAUAAGCGAUGGCUCUGAAAGACCUUACAGAUGUAAAAUUAGAGCUCCAGGUUUUGCUCACUUGGCUGCUUUUGAUCAUAUUGCAAGAGGCAACUCAUUGGCUGAUGCUGUUGCUAUUAUUGGUACUAUGGAUUUAGUUUUCGGUGAAGUUGAUCGUUAAUUUUUUUUUUUUUCUUUUUAUAAAUUAUAUAUUAAUAAACUAUGAUAAAUAAUACGAAUUUACUCUCAGCAUGAAAGCA